UAUCGCAAUCAUGGAGGCUGAUUUAGUUGUAGGGAUCGACCUGGGGACAACGAAUUCUUGCAUCGCUGUUAAACGAAACGGAAGAAUAGAUGUCAUUCCGAACAGUGAGGGCAACAGAACAACGCUGUCUUUCGUAUAUUAUGGGAAAAAUAAUAACACCCUGGUCGGAAAAACGGCCAAACAUGAGGCAGCAUCUAAACCUUCAAACGGAAUUUACGAAAUAAAGCGCCUCAUUGGGUGCCUGCACGACGACCCCGACAUCGAAUCCUGCAAAUCCUCGCUCACCUACAACUUCAUCCGCGGUACCAACGGCGAAAUAAAAAUCGAAGUCGACCACGAAUCCCACAAGAUCCACAUCCUCCCCGAAGAAGUGUGCGCCCGAAUCCUCCACAAGCUCAAAGUCGACGCCCAGAACUACCUCGGCCAGAAAAUAUCCAAAGCCGUGAUUACAGUACCGGCGUACUUCAACAACAACCAGCGCGCCGCCACCAGAGACGCCGCCAAAAUCGCCGGCUUGGAAGUGAUCAAACUGAUCAACGAACCGAGCGCUGCCGCCCUGGCCUACAUCCACGACAACCGCAGUACCACCCGAGAAAAAACCAUCCUGAUUUACGACCUGGGCGGCGGUACCUUCGACGUGUCUAUAGUGAAGACGUGCAGUGGAAACAUCACCGUGCUCUCAGUAGCCGGGAAUACUCACCUAGGGGGGCAGGAUUUUUUGAACAGGUUGGUGGAGUACGUGGUGGGGGAGGUGGAAACCAGGUGCAACGUGGCGGUGAGGGAGAACAAACGCUUCAUGUGGAGCAUCAUCGGGCAGUGCGAACGGGCGAAGAAGAUUCUAGCAACGGCGAAAAGUACCACCGUAGUACCGGAAUUUUUGGCCACGAGUGAGUUGGAAAUAACGCGGGAGAAGUUUGAAGAGCUGAAUGAAGAUCUUUUCAAAGAAACAAUCAAGAUUGUGGAUGCGUGUAUUAAAAAUCGACGACUUAGUAGAGAGGAUAUAGAUGAGGUACUACUAGUGGGGGGUUCGUCGCGCAUUCCUAAACUAGAGGCGCUUCUUAAAGAGUACUUUAACAAUAAACCCAUUCAAAGGAAUAUUAAUGCGGAUGAAGCUAUAGCGAUAGGGGCUGCUAUUGAAGCCGACUUUGUUAAAAAUCUUCAAGGAGCUAGCUCGCUUCUGAUUGACGUUCUUCCAUUGUCAAUCGGGACGGUUCUAGAUGAAGAUAGUAUUUUUUUCAAUUUUGCACGAAAUACGCCUCUGCCGGCCAAUUCUAAGCACAACCACGUGGUGAAGAAUAGUAAGCAGAGGAGGCAGGGGUGUAUUUUGUCAGUGUACGAAGGAGGGGAUUUGGACUGUAGUAAAAAUGUGCUUCUGGGGGCUCACGAGAUCAAGUGGAUUAAGCCGUCGGCUAAAAAUAGGAACAUAGAAGUGACCAUGCAGAUUAACAACUAUGGGAUUAUAUGGAUUACGGCGAGAGGGGACACGAUUAAGACUUUUAGUAUAGCUUUGAAUAAGGGGCGGCUCGAAGAAGACGAGAUUGGGGUGAUCAGUGAACGAAUACAAGAGGGUGAAACAUGAAAAAUUGUCACUGUAUUUAUUAAAACUCCAAAUAAAUAAAUAAUGAAUAAGUGUCACAGCUCA